AUGCCGAGGAGGCGCAGGAAAGGGCGCGCGGCCCGCCAGUGCCGCCGAGUGGGGACGGAGUCCGUCACAGAGUCCGUCACGGAGGACGAGGCCGUGGCCAGGCCGCCGACGGGGCCGCGGCCGAGGCCGGAACUGUGCCAGUGCCUGUCGGAGCGCAAGGAGCUGGUGUGCAGGGGCGCCUCCUUCACCUUCGUGCCGUCGCCGCUGCCCGCCACCCUCACCAAACUGGACCUGAGCAGCAACAACAUCACUGAGCUGAGUGACACCGCUCUGGACGGCCUGCCCGCGCUGGAAGAGCUGCUUCUCGGAGACAACCACCAACUGAGGAUCCACUCCCAGGCGUUCCAGCGAACCCCCCAUCUCAAGAAGUUGUCGCUCCAGAGCUGCGGCCUCCGCGAACUGCCGGACGCCCUGCUCAAGCCGCUGCGACGCCUCACCACACUGCAGCUGGACCAGAACGAGCUCUCGGAGUUGUCGCCGGCGAUGUUCGAGAGCCAGGGCGCGCUGCGGAACCUGCGCCUGGAGCUGAACCAACUGCGAGGGGUGCCGACGCGCGCCCUGCAGCCGCUACGCAGCCUGGAGGCUCUGAACUUGGGGACCAAUCUCCUCGGCGCCGUGCGCGCGGGCGACUUCCCCCGGAUGGACUCGCUCGUCAUACUACUGCUCAAACGGAAUCAAAUCAGCGAGAUCGACGAGGAGGCCUUCGCCAACCUGACUUCCCUCCGAGUGCUGGAGUUGGACGACAAUUUUCUGACGCACAUUCCAGAGGCUCUGUCACAUCUUUCUGCCCUGCAGGAGCUGUCCGUGUCCGGCAACCGCAUCAAGUACAUUCCCGCAGGCGCGCUGCAGAAGUCGCCGGGGCUGGCCCUGCUGGAGCUCAAGGGAAACCCCCUGGCCGCCGUGCACCCCCACGCCUUCUCCUUCCUGCCCAAGCUGCGCAAGCUGAUCCUGUCCGACGCCCGAGACCUGACCGAGUUCCCCUCGCUGAACGGCACCGCGGCGCUGGAGAUCCUGAGGCUGGACCGCGCGUCGCUGCGGGAGGUGCCGCAGUCGUUGUGCUCCACCUGCCCCAAGCUCAAGAGCCUGGACAUGAAGUCCAACAAGCUGACCCGCGUGCCGGAUCUCUCGGCCUGCAAGGACCUCCGCGUUCUGGACCUGGCCAGCAACAAGAUCGCCAGCCUCUCCGGGCGGCCGUUCGCCGGACUGCGACAGCUCCACGACCUGCUGCUCGCGCACAACAACAUCCAGACCCUGCCGCACGACGGCCUGGACGGCCUGGCCAAGCUGCAAGUCCUGGACCUGGAGGCGAACGACAUCAGCUACAUCCACCCGGAGGCCUUCCUGGCCGUCAGUUCACUGGAGGACCUCAACCUGGGCAACAACCUGUUCCCCGGGCUGCCGCCCGCGGGGCUGGAGCGCCUGCUGCACCUCAAGACCUUCAACAACCCCAACCUGCGCGAGUUCCCCUCGCCCGGCCACUUCCCGCGCGUCCAGACCCUCGUGCUGUCCUACGCCUACCACUGCUGCCCCUUCCUGCCCCUCAUCCCCGCCGAGCCGCCCGCCAGGGUGCCGCUGCACGAGUCCGUGCUCUUCCCCACCGACAACGAGUUCGACAUGAGCCUCUGGAACUCGUCGCUCACCGACAUCUGGCCGCAGCUGCAGAACCUCUCGGACAAGUUCGGCACGCAGAUCAACGAGCUGUGGGACAGCUUCGGCGCCGACUUCACGUACCCGGGCAACCUGCCGGCCUACGUGGAGGAGUACUUCGAGGAGCAGGAGAGCAGGCAGCAGACGCAGGAGUCGACGGGCAGGAUCCAGUGCCUGCCCUUGCCAGGCCCGUUCCUGCCGUGCCAGGACCUGUUCGACUGGUGGACGCUGCGCUGCGGCGUCUGGGUCGUGUUCCUGCUGGCCAUGCUGGGCAACGGCACCGUGGUCUUCGUCCUCGUCUUCUCGCGCUCCAAGAUCGACGUGCCGCGCUUCCUCGUCUGCAACCUGGCCGCCGCGGACUUCUUCAUGGGCGUGUACCUCGGGUUCCUGGCCGUGGUGGACGCGUCCACGCUGGGCGAGUUCCGCAUGUUCGCCAUCCCCUGGCAGAUGUCGGUGGGCUGCCAGCUGGCCGGCUUCCUGGGCGUGCUCAGCGCCGAGCUGUCCGUGUACACGCUGGCCGUCAUCACGCUGGAGCGCAACUACGCCAUCACGCACGCCAUGCACCUCAACAAGCGGCUGUCCCUCCGCCACGCGUCCUACAUCAUGGCGUGCGGCUGGGCCUUCGCGCUGGUGAUGGCGGUGCUGCCGCUCUUCGGCGUGUCCGACUACCGCAAGUUCGCCAUCUGCCUGCCCUUCGAGACGACCACGGGGCCGGGCAGCCUGGCCUACGUCGUGUUCCUCAUGGUCAUCAACGGCGUGGCCUUCCUCAUCCUCAUGGGCUGCUACCUCAAGAUGUACUGCGCCAUCCGCGGCUCGCAGGCGUGGAACUCCAACGACUCCCGGAUCGCCAAGCGCAUGGCGCUGCUCGUCUUCACGGACUUCCUGUGCUGGUCGCCCAUCGCCUUCUUCUCGCUGACGGCGGCCUUCGGGCUGCAGCUCGUGUCCCUGGAGCAGGCCAAGGUGUUCACGGUGUUCGUGCUGCCGCUCAACUCGUGCUGCAACCCGUUCCUCUACGCCAUCCUCACGAAGCAGUUCAAGAAGGACUGCGUGCUCAUCUGCAAGGCCAUCGAGGAGUCCAGGGUGACGCGGGGCAUAGGGCGCUGCAGGCACUCGUCCAACUUCAGCAACCGGCAGACGCCGGCCAACACCAACAGCCUGGUGGACCGCUCGUCCAGGGAGCACCCGCACCCCACGCACCCGCACCCCAAGCCCUGCCACUGCUCCGCCAAGCUGCUCAGCGAGGCGGCGGGGGCGGCGGGGGCGGCGGACGGGGCGGCCGCGCCGCGCGUGUGGCUGCUGGGCAAGCUGCAGUGCCUGCUGCUGUGCGCGCGCCGCGACCCCGAGCACCGCCCCCGCUCCGACCAGUACGCCUACCAGAUCGCCGAGAUCCAGCAGAAGCAGCACAAGCGCGCGUCCUCCGUGUCGUCGUCGGAGAACUUCUCGUCGUCGCGGUCCGACUCCUGGCGGCAGCACCAGCACCACUGCGGCAUCCCCAUGCGCCUGCUGGACCCCAAGCGGAGGGCCUCGUCCUGGCUGGUCACCAGGAAGACGUCGCAAGACUCCAACCUGUCCAGCUCCCGGAACGACUCGUCGGGCUCGGCCACCACGGCCAGCACCAGCACGUGGCGCAUGUCGCGGUCCAGCGCGUCCAGCGACAUCCUUCCUAAAUCAAUACCCGGAGUCAAAUGA